AUGUCCACUGCGGACGCCGAGUCGAUGGCGAGCACUCGCUGCUAUGCAUCGAGCAUCACCUGCGAUGGCCAGGACUUCUCGGUUAAAGAAAUCGUGGGUUCACCAGUGCAUGUUCAGGAUCGGAUCAUAAGCUUGGAUCUCGCGGGCCACAAGCUACACGGACGCAUUCCCCCUGAGCUUGGUGAACUCCAACAUCUGGAGCGGCUGCGCCUUUCCCGGAACCAUCUGACCGGCACCAUUCCCCAGGAGCUCGCCCGUCUGCAGAGGCUUGAAACCCUGGAUUUGGGCGAGAACGAGCUGUCCGGUGAAAUACCGGGGGAACUCGGCCAGCUCCAGAGAUUGACGUGGCUUUUUCUUCCCGUCAACAAGCUGACGGGCGUGCUUCCCCGAGAGCUGGCCGGGCUCCAGAGCCUGAAAUGGCUUCUCCUCACCCACAACCAGUUUAGCGGCGGAAUCCCUCCGGAGUUUGGCAAGCUCCGGAGCUUGGAAAAACUUGACCUCUCCUACAGCACGUUGACGGGCAAAGUCCCUCGAGAGCUGGGCCAGCUGCAGAACCUGUCCUCACUUUAUCUUGGGAACAACCAGCUAAGUGCCCAGAUCCCUGAAGAGCUUGGCCGGCUCCAGAGCUUGAUGAACCUGAGGCUCGACAGCAACCAGCUGACAGGCCCAAUACCUGGCGAACUCAGCCAUCUUGGGCAGUUGCAGCAGCUACUUCUUUCGCACAACCAGCUCACGGGCGAAAUCCCCAAAGACUUUGGGCAGCUGAGGGCCCUCGCACUGCUUGACCUUACCUGCAACAGGCUCACAGGCGAAAUCCCACGGGAGCUGGGACAGCUGCAGGAACUGUCUGUGCUUAAGCUUUCAGAAAACCGGCUGACCGGCAACAUUCCGGAGGAGCUCGGCCUACUCUUGAACCUGCGCCGGGUAGAACUUGCUCAGAACCAUCUCGCUGGCGAAAUUCCUAGGGAGCUUGGAGAGCUCUACAAAUUGCACGUGCUCUCCCUUCCCAAGAACCAGCUCGCUGGCGAAAUCCCGCGUGAGCUCGGCGCUCUCUACAACCUGGAGGAGUUGGUCCUUUCUCAGAACCAGCUGGUGGGCGAAGUGCCCCGGGAGCUCGGUCAGCUGAGCUUGAAAAGCCUUGACCUGUCCUGGAACCAGCUGUCAGGUGAGAUCCCUCACGAAGUCUGUCACAUGCAAGAGCUGAGAGAGCUCUUGCUGCAGCACAACCAGCUGCAGAAACUUCCAGCUGUUUUGAAGAUGCCCGCCCUGAAAGUGCUGGAUGCCAGCAGCAACGCUUUUCGCGACGAGCUCUCGGUGCAGCUCCUCACUCAUCAUCUCGAGCGGCUGGAUUUGAGCCACAAUGAGAUAGCCGGGGGCAUAUCAAGCAUAACUGACUUCUUCUGCAGGAUGACCCCUACGGGCGGAGUGCUGCAGGAGCUGCGACUGAACCACAACCGCUUCUCUGGCGAGCUACCUCCCUGCCUGAUGCAGUUUGAGAGUUUGACUUUUCUGGCGCUGAACAACAACCAUUUCCGCGGUUCUCUUCCGGAAAUCAGUGCUUCACAGCUUUCCAUUCUGUCGCUACACAAGAAUUCCUUGACGGGAGUGCUCCCCGAAAGUUUGUACCACCUAAGUCGCCUCGGCAUCUUGACCCUCCACGACAACUCGAUUGGCGGUAAGAUCGGGGCCUUGAAUUUGAGUGUCACAUGUUUGGACAACUCGAAGUUCAGGCUCCAGGCCUUCAACUAUGACUGCCGGGAGGCUGUGAAGUGGUCAGACACCAAAACUGAGAAGCUGGGUAGCCCAGAGGUGAAGGAAAUGGAACAAAUCCGAGCAAACUGCCCAAAGACGUUUGGAUCCUGCCCCGCAUUCGGCUUCGCGAAGCUGACGCUGCACCACAAUCGCUUCUCUUGUGCCAUUCCAGAUCGCAUCAGUGAAAGCAAGGUUUUAAGCUUGGCAGUCAUGGGAAACAUGCUCGGUGAUGGAAGUCCACUGGCUUGUACAUGGAUCUUGGAGGAGGAGCACCAGCCCUUUCUUUAUUACUCUCCCAACGUGCUCAUGUCCAACUUUCUUGUCUUGCUGGGUUUUCUGAUGUUGUUGAGCUGUGCGAUUCUCUGCGGCAGGCGGUUUGCGGGAAUACUGGUCGAGGCAUCUCGGAAGUUGCACCCAGAUGCCAGAGCACGUGUGGUUCUAUCAACUGUUGCGCUGUGUCCAGGUGGCAAAGGAGAUGAAAGGAUGAGCAGUGCCCUCGGUGCUCUUCUGGUGGCAAGCCCGCUCCUGCUGAUCUUCGGCAUCACUGGCGGAUACUAUGCCUGCAGCCCUCCCCUGUGGCAAACAACGAUCGGGAACCUGAAGGCAGAGACCGUGUGGCCUGAUUUGGGCGUCAUCACGUGCUGGUGUGCCAUGCAGCUUCUCUUUCGAUGCAUUGUGGCCAGCGUGCCGAGGGUCACAGUCGGAAACGAGAGCGGCGACAGCCACCCCUCCGACUCUCUUAGCAGCACGUGCAGUCUAUCGAGGAUCGGCGCGUGGCUUCUCUGGACGUUGGUCGUGAGUGUGCUGUCAUUGCCAUCCAUCUUCUUCGCAUUCGCCCAGUCGCUCCCGGCACAGAACGCAUGGGACCUCGACGACAACAUGCUGAGGAUAUUUCACGCGACGGCUCCUUUGCUAACAGUCCUCAUUGACAUGGCGCUGGCCGCGCCCAUUUCAGCCAAGUUCUCCAAGUUGACUGGAGUCAAGGCUGACAGGCUGCUCAUGAUGUUCCGCUUGUUCUCCGCAUGGCUGCUGGCACUGCUGACCACGUUGCUGUUGGACGAAAACUGCCUUGGCGGAUGGAAGCGGGCGUGGAAAGUCUGCCAGGAGGAAGCGAAGGAGCACAGCAAGUUCAACUGGAAGAUCUUCGACGAGGAGAUCCUGAACACGCAGCAAGACAUCUGCGACAGCAAUUUUGCUCUCUGGGCCGAAGACCGCUGCAGCCGUGCCCUUGUGGGUGGGUUGACGCCGUUUUUACUGAAGAAGCUUCUGACUCGAAGCACGCUGCAGCCAUUGAUCUUAUUGGUGUCCUGGCGGCUGUCACGUCUGGAUGUGACCACCCAUCCCCAGCGAGGUGUGGUCAUGAUCCACCUUGCCCUACUCUACGGUGCAACCAAGGAGCUUUUGAUUACUUGGUCUCCUUUAGCCCCCUUCCUUAGCGUUGGAGUCCUGGCAGCUGCUGUGGCAAACCUGCUCCUAUUCCACCUGGGCACUCAUUUCUACGGCACUUGCCUUCCCUCAGAUGAGAUCAACGAGAGCGCUACGAUCUCUGCGUCGUAUCUCCAUUUUGCGCUGGGAGCAGGGUCCCUCUUCCAGCUCUGGCAUGCUUUCAGCGCCCAGAUGGCUGGACGUCAUGUGCUCCUGGCCUUCACACUGGUGCUGAUGGGCCCGUGGGCGAAGCGCUACUUGCCCAUCGGCUUCGUGAAGCGACGCGUGUGGGCACGUUCUGUCAUGGAGAGCCAGGAGGCCGCGCUCCGAGUGAUUCUUGAAACGCUGGGCAUCCCCGCCCGCGAAGCCGGCAUCCAGGACAGAGUCAUAAAUUUUCGUCUCCAGCACGCCGGUGUUCAAGGCCAAAUUCCCCGUGAGCUCGGCCAACUGGAAGAACUGGAGAUUCUCCUACUGGAUGGGAACCAGCUCACGGGCGAAAUCCCUGCAGAGCUGGGCCAGCUCCGGAACCUGAGUUGGCUGUACCUUUCCCAGAACCAUCUGACAGGCGAAAUUCCCCCGGAGCUUGGCCAGCUUCAGAAACUGACUCGUUUGGGCCUUCAGAACAACAAGCUGACGGGGAAAAUCCCCACGGAGCUUGGCCAGCUCCGAAGCUUGCGGUGGUGUCACCUUUCUGACAACCAGAUUACGGGGGAAAUUCCACGGGAGCUCGGCCAGCUCGAAAACCUGUCCUGGUUGUAUAUGUCCCAGAACCAGCUGACCAACAGAAUUCCCCGGCAGCUCGGACAGCUCCAGGACCUGAGAGCGCUCUCCCUGUCCCAGAACCAGCUCACUGGCGAAAUCCCGCGUGAGCUCGGCGCUCUCUACAACCUGGAGGAGUUGGUCCUUUCUCAGAACCAGCUGGUGGGCGAAGUGCCCCGGGAGCUCGGCCAGCUGAGCUUGAAAAGCCUUGACCUGUCGUGGAACCAGCUGUCAGGUGAUAUCCCUCACGAAGUCUGUCACAUGCAAGAGCUGAGAGAGCUCUUGCUGCAGCACAACCAGCUGCAGAAACUUCCAGCUGUGUUGAAGAUGCCCGCCCUGAGAGUACUGGACGCCAGCAGCAACGCUUUUCGCGACGAGCUCUCGGUACAGUUCCUCACGAAUCGGCUCGAACGGCUGGAUUUGAGCCAUAAUGAGAUAGCCGGGGGCAUAUCAAGCAUUACUGACUUCUUCUGCAGGAUGACCCCUACGGGCGGAGUGCUGCAGGAGCUGCGACUGAACCACAACCGCUUCUCUGGCGAGCUACCUCCCUGCCUGAUGCAGUUUGAGAGUUUGACUUUUCUGGCGCUGAACAACAACCGUUUCCGCGGCUCCCUUCCCGAGAUUAGGGCUUCACGGCUGUCAGUUCUGUCAUUGCAUAAGAAUGCCUUGACGGGCGUGCUUCCCGAAAGUUUGCGCAAUCUGAGUCGCCUCAGUGUCUUGACGCUCCAUGACAAUGCCGUGAGAGGAAGGAUCGGUAGCUUGAAGCUGACGUUCGCGUGCUGGGACAACUCCAGAUUCAGGCUGGAGGGCUAUCAUUAUAACUGCAAAAACUUCCCUGAUCGCAACUGGUGGACAGACGAGGAGCGUCAGCAGCUUGAAGCGAACUGUCCUCAAAAGAUGCAAACCUGCCACCUCAAUGACUUUGUGAAGCUGACUCUGCACCACAACCGCUUUUCGUGCGCUGUCCCAGAAUUCAUCAGCAACAGUACGGUUCUGAGCUUAGUGAUUAUGGGGAACAUGCUCGGGGAUGGAACUCCCCUGGCUUCGUCCUGGAUAUCGGAGGAGGAACUCCAACCAUUUCUUUACUACUCGCCGAAUGUACAGAAGUCCCAUGCGCUUGUCUUGGCAGGGCUUCUUCUGACGUUGACCAUUGGCGCCUCGGUUGCUGAGAAGUAUCUUUACAUCGUGCGACAUUUUGUGGCCGACAGCUGCGAGCACGGCUGUCGGAGGCCUCUGGAAGAUUGGACGGAACUUCCUGUGCUCGAGUGGAUACGCAGUGCUUUCAUCGCGUUUCUGCUUUCAAGCCCCCUUCUGCUGAUCUUCGGGAUAAGCGGCAAGUACUACGACUGCAGCCCUCUCUUGUUUCAAACCACCAUUGCAGACCUCCAAGCGGAGAGGCCCUGGCCCGACCUGGGUGUCAUUGCAUCCUGGUGUGCCCUGCAGCUCUUCUUUCGAAGCAUCCUCGCGGCGAUCCCCGUGGCCCGUGAAAGCCAGCAAGUAGAUCUUCACUUUGGCUGGAGGGAAAGGGUGCAGAGAGUCGGCGCUUGGAUUCUCUGGAUCUGCAUUGUGAGUUUCUUGUCCUUGCCGUCCAUCUCCUUUGCAUUUGCACAGUCCCUUCCAGCACAGAACACCUGGGAUCUCAAUGACGACAUGCUGAAGUUUAUCCACAGGACAGCGCCUGUGCAGACAGUCCUCAUUGACAUGGUGCUUGCCGCGAGGAUCUCCAAGAAGUUCUCCGACUUAACGGGUGUCAAAGCUGACAGGCUUCUCAUGAUGUUCCGCCUGUUCUCUGCAUGGCUUCUUGCGCUACUUACCACGGUGGUGCUGGAUGAGAACUGUCAUGGCGGAUGGAAGCUGGCGUGGAAAGUCUGCCAGGAGGGAUCGGACGAGCACAGCAAGUUCAAUUGGAAGAUCUUCGACGAGGAGAUCCUGAACACGCAGCGCGACAUCUGCGACUUCAGCGGAACUUUCUGGUCUGACGGUCGCUGCAGCCGUGCCAUCGUGGGUGGAUUGUCGCCCUUUCUGCUGAAGAAGCUUCUGACCCGGAGUACGCUGCAGCCGUUCAUGUUACUGGCGUCCUGGAGACUGUCACGUCUGGAGCCUGAGAGCGACCCGCGCGAUGGUCGGCACCGCAGGCUGUUCGGUGUCUGGCCGAAGACCACGAAAUCACUCAUGCCUUUGCAGCAGAUGGCGCUGCUGACUACACAGAUGGAACUCUUGAUGUUCUGGUCUCCAUUUGUUCCAUUACUCUGCGUCGGGAUCCUAGUAGCUGCUGCGAUGAACCUGUUGAUCUUCGAUUUGGGCAUGGACUUCUACGGAGUAUGCCUUCCGUCAAUCGGGACGGAUGGCGGCGCCAGCGCAUUCUCCGUUUCUUACCUGUCCCUUACGCUGGGAUUUGGGUCCCUCUUCCAGCUCUGGCAUGCUUUCAGCACCGAGAUGACUGGACGGUAUGUGCUCCUGGCCUUCACACUUGCCGUGAUGGGCCCGUGGGCUCCCCGCUUCUUGCCCGUUGCUGCAGUGAAGCGCCGAGUCUGGGCUCGUUCCGAUGCGCGGGAAGCCGAGCAGGUUGAGGCGGUUGAGAUGAUGGGGGUGGAGGAGCGGGCUGGAUGA